UAGCCCUGCGUCUGUCGGUGAAUUAAUAGGUAAGAUCUUGUACAUCGUGGGCACGCACAAGCGAGGUGGACACCGUCAGUAUCAGCUUCAGCUGGAAGUUUGUGAGAAAUACAAAGUCACAAGCCUAGCGAAACCCAGGAUAGUUAGCAUGACGCUAAAUGCCCUGCCCCCACCUCCCCCAGUUUGUCCGGCACCAUGCUUCAUUGCUUUUCUGGUCCUCGCAGGCAAGGACAUUUGUUAAGUUAUUGGUGGUUAUUAAAAAAGUAAGAUUACUGUGAAGCAUAUUCUCUACUUUUAUGGUGGUAGUCAUUAACAUGAAUUAUGGAACGUGGAUUGGAACUAGUACUUCCAUUUCAGGAGGAAACGACUUAGGAAGAGGCACAUUUCCAGGACUGUAAGGAAUUUUGUUCAUGAUUGUGUGAGAAACAGUAUGGCCAACAUAAUGUGGCAGAACAAGUUUAAUACAGGUGAUGAGCGACUUUCCGAUAUAACUUGAAUACGUCCUAAGUCAGGGACUGACUGUAUACAUACAUACAUAUUUGUUUUAUAUAUAUACAUAAUGCAUAUAUAAAAUAUGUUAUAAUCUGUGUAUUCGAUUAUUCCGUGCGUGACCCCAAUUAUCAGUGUCAUAAGCUAGAACAGAAAAAAACAAGACAUGAUGCAUACUCCUAGAUAUUACAGUAUUAAAAGGAAGACAAUUUUAAGUAAAUAAUGAAAAAGCAGGGACAUCUAAUAGGUUAUACUGCUUUAAAAGAAACAGUAAGGUUCAUAGAAGUUGUUCCAUUUAGCUGCAUACAUGGAUGAGCAAGACUGAAGGUAUAUGGGAGGAGUGGGGGUUGAAAGAGUAUUUCAGGUGGGAAGAGUGAACAUGCCCUGAGGCAGUAGAGAAUCCAGUAUCAUCCAUUCCUUGAGGAAAGUCGGAGGUGAUUGAAGCAGAGAAAGGGGAGGAGUGGUGUGAGCUAGACUGAAUGAAGGGAUGACAGCAGAUGGUUCUGAACCAGGCCAGCUACUCUGGGUUUUUUCAAAGGCCAAGAGUAGACUUCACUGAUGAGCAUUACACAGGCAUGGGGCGUGAAUAUGUUAAUGAUGUAAAGCAGGGCACUCCAGUUCUCGUACUGCAAAUAGAUUUUGGAAGUGACAGCCAGAAAGGAAUGAAAUCAGGCAGGGACGAGUUAUGAACAAGUUAGGGAAGACUCUGGGGUGGCCUCAAUGUGGAGCAUGGUUUUGGGUCAGUAAGUGAAUUGAAUGAUAUAACGUAAGAUGAUUCAAAGGGCACCAGUUGGCAGGUAGAGUAACUAAUGCUUCUCAAAGUUGGAUGUGGAUAACCAGGGAUCUUGUUAAAAUGUAGAUUUUGAUUCAGCAGGCCUGGCAUGGAGGCCUGAGAUUCUAUACAGGUACUCCUCGACUUACAACAUGUUUGAGCUAGUAUGAACUGCACUUAAAACCAUCCUUUUCGAUUUGUAUAUCUUGUCAUUAGUAAUAUGUACUACAUCCAGUGUUGUUCCACAUUAAUUUGGUGAUGUUAUUCUCAGAUGUUCACUCACAUGUUUAUAAGUAAUGUUUCUAACCUCCAAAGACAAAUAUCAGAUUUAUAAAGAUACUGAUAGUAAAAGGCAAUGAUAAUGAAAACUUUAAAAAAAAAACAAGGUAUUCAACUUGUGUCAGAACCAACUUAAGACGGAGUCAGGGAAUGGAACCCCGCAGUAAGCAGGGGUCUGCCUGUAUACCUAACAAGCUCCCAAUUUUUGCUGAAAAUAAUAAGUAUAGAAAUAAGAAUGUAUAUUAAAACUAGAGAGUACUAUUAAACAAUAAAAGAAAGAAUAAUGCUUAAAGGGGAAACAGUGGUAUAAAGACUUUGCCAGAGAGAACAUUCACACUGAGUUCAAGAAAUAAAAGAAUAGGAGUCAGCAGGAUGAGGAAUUGUGGUAGAAAGAAACAAACAGGCAGGAGACUGCUACUUAGAGAAAACUAAAUGAUUUUGUGGUCGAUUGGUUGAUGGCUGAAUUAUAAGAUUGAUAGAGAAAGUGUUGAGGAACCCCACCAGAUUUCUGAAAAGGUUGGGGAUUGGUGCCAGGGCCUCAAAAUGAAGGGGAAGAAGGGGAAGAAGAAAAAAAAAUCCUUGAGACAGAAAAAAUGUUAGUAGGAAAAUUAAGGAUCACAUUUUACUAUCAUAAAAAUGAAAACAAAAAACAAGAUUUUAACUGCAUAUAAUAAAAAAUCAAGAAAACAUAAUGGAUUCUUUGACCAAACUUGAAAAAUAUGUUCUCCCUGAAAAUUCACCCAUGUUAAUGUCAAAUAUAAAUAUCUAUGUUGAUACACAAGGGACAAAGUACCCAGGCAAACCCACAGCCUCAACGUUGGGCCUCUGACACCAUGCAGGAAAUCACGUUCAAGGUUUCCAGCAUGGAUGGGCCUGGGUGUUUCUCUGUUCCAGGAUAAAGAAAUUGCCCCAUCUGUGAUCUUGUUGCCUGAAUGAAGAAGCCUGUGGAGCUGGAUGAAGAAUGUAAAUACCCUCAACAUACAACAAUGCCUUGAGCCUGGAAGGAAAUCCUACCUUGAGCCUGGAAGGAAAUCCUGCCCACGGAUAGAGCUGAAGGCCAAGAACCUGUCACCCCCUCCUUAUUCAACACUGUCCCCCCACCCCCAGUCUUCUUCCGUUUUAGGUCCCAGGUGUGGCACAGGGAGAACUGGCCAAGCCUAGGCAGCUGGGGAACCUAUCUUGCACAUCCAUAAAUCACAAAUAAGAAUUUCAACUGUUGACUGGCCAUUUGGACCAGACAUUACUUACUGCCUUCAGACGGCCGAGUGGCACUGCUUUCACUUCCAUCCCUCUUACCUUAACUGGAUUCUUGGGCUCAGAGAGGACAUUCACCUAACUCCAGAAUCUGGAGCCAGGAAAUGGACUCAGUGGUGUUUGAGGAUGUGGCCGUGGACUUUACCCAGGAAGAGUGGGCUUUGCUGGAUUUUGCUCAGAGGAAACUCUACAGAGAUGUGAUGGUGGAAACCUUCAGGAACCUGGCCUCAAUUGUUUCUCAGCAGGGUAAUAAUGAACAUGUAUUGCAAUUCAUGAAGAAUGACUCCUGGUGUUCCAUGUUAGGAGAGAUCUGUGAAUUCCAUGGCAUUAAAGAUCAGCACAACAACCAGGGGAACCCUGUGAGAAGUCAUACGGUAGAAAUCCUCCAUGAAAGUAAAGAAGAUAAGAUAAAGAAAAGUAAAGAAGGUAAUCAGUGUGGAAAACCUUUCAGCCAGAUUGCAAAUCUUACCAGGCUCAAAAAAACUCUUGCUAGAGUAUAUUCUUCUGAAUGUCAUGGGUGUAAAAAAACCUUUGUGGAUCAUUCAUCAUUUAAUCAUCACAUCAGUUAUCACACUGGGUGCAAUACCUAUCAGUGUAAGGAAUGUGGAGUAGCCUGCAGUAGUUCCUCUUACCUAGGCACUCAUGUGAAAACUCUUACUGUAGAGAAGCUUUAUAAAUGUAAGGAAUGUGGGAUAGUCUAUAGUUGUUCCUCAUCCCUCGUUACACAUGCAAGAACUCACAGUAGAGAGAAGCCAUUUAAAUGUGAAGAAUUUAGAAAAGACUCAGUCCUCAUUAAACAUAAAAAAACUCAAAGUGGAAAAGCCUUUAGUUCUUCACUUAUUAGUAAACGUUUAAGAACUCACAGUCAAGAGAGGCCUUAUGAAUGUAAGGAAUGUGGGAAGGUCUUUAGUUGUUCCUCAUCCCUCCGGAAACAUAAAAGGACUCACAGUGGAGAGAGGCCUUAUAAAUGUAAGGAAUGUGGGAAAGCAUUUACUAGGUCUUCAAGCCUUAAUACACAUACAAGAACUCACAGUGGAGAGAGGCCUUAUAAAUGUAAGGAAUGUGGGAAAGCAUUUUUUUAUUCCUCAUCCUUCACUACACAUAUGAGAAUUCACAGUGGAGAGAAGCCUUAUGAAUGUAAGCAAUGUGGGAAGUCAUUUUGUGAUAUCUCACCCCUCAAUAGACAUAUAAAAACUCAUAGUGGAGAGAGGCCUUACGAGUGUAAGGAAUGUGGGAAAGCCUUUAACCGGUCCUCACAUCUCACUUUCCAUAUAAGAACUCACAGAGGAGAGAGGCCUUAUAAAUGUAAAGAAUGUAGGAAAGCCUUUAGUUGGCCCUCAGCCCUCACUACACAUAUAAGAACUCACAGUGGAGAGAGGCCUUAUGAAUGUAAGGAAUGUGGGAAAGCCUUUAGCCAGUCAUCAUCCCUCACUAAACAUGUAAGAACUCACAGUGGGGAGAGACCUUAUGAAUGUAAGGAAUGUGGGAAAGUCUUUAUUUCUUCUUCAUCCCUCACUAAACAUAAAAGAACUCACAAUGGAGUCAGGCCUUAUGAAUGUAAAGAAUGUAGGAAAGCCUUUAGUUGGCCCUCAGCUCUCACUAGGCAUAUACGAACCCACAGUGGAGAGAGGCCUUAUGAAUGUAAGGAAUGAGGGGACAUCUUUAUUUCUCUCUCCACCAUUUGAAAACGUGAGGAGCUACAACGGAGAGAAAUUAUAUAUAUAUAUAUAUAUAUAAUGCAUCUGACACAUCCUAUGAAUAUAAAAGCCAAGGGAAGCCUUCAGUGUCCGUCCUUCCUCUGGACAUCUGUGAUACCUCACACACUGGAGAGACUCAGCAACUGUAAACAAACAGCUGCUUCAGUUGUCAUGCAUGACUUUGGAUAAGUAUCAAAAUGUUAUUUUGGUUCUGUUAUGUAAAAAUUGUCUUUAUUACAAAAUCUCAUCACACCUUGAUGUCUUAAACUGUGUAUGGUGUUUUUUAUUAACUAUGUUUUUAAAUUUUUUAUAUUUUUUCAUAUUCUAAAGCAGUAUGUUCUCAAUAUAGUAACAUGUUAUCAGAAAAUUUUAAGGAAAAACAAAAAUCCCUCAGAAUUCCACCAGUGUCAUUAUUUUGGGUAUUUUCCUUUAGCCUUCUUUGUAUGCAAAGCAGUGCUUUCUUGGAGGAUCUGGAUUAUACAGUGUGUGUACUGCUUUACCGUAUAUUUGUUUCAUUGCUUUUCUUAUUUAUUCUCCACAACUAUUAUCCCUGGUUUACUAAUGAGGAAACUGCACAGAAAAUUUUAACCUAUAUCCCACCAUUUCACAAAAAUAUCCCUCUCAAAUGGUUUGUGAGCAGGAUUUUUGUUGAAGGAGGGCUCACAUUGAGGAUACGUAGAGAUGAUGGGCCUGCACAGACCCAAAACCUGACCUAGAGGCAGUGGAGCGUCUGUCCAGCACAGGCAUGAAACCUGUAUUUUGAAACAUUUCUGCUUUUGGUGAUUUUGUGGUUCCAGGAGAGUACAGAAGCCCAAGAGUUGAGGCUGCAGUUGUUGGACUGGGCUGCACAGGUAGCUGCUGCUUCACCUGGGCUGUGCACCUGCUGCAGGGCCUGGAGGCUUAUACAGAGCUCCUCUGCCCCAUGGUGCUCUAGGAUCUUCAUGACUUCUCGUGUAAGGGGCUUGGGAAAUGGAGGCUAUAGGUAGCAAAAGCUUUCAAAUUAAGCGUCCCAUUGGCCCAGCAAUUCCCCUUUGAGAAUCAUCCUGUGGAAAACCUUGGGCAUUGUAAUGAUGUACCUUCAUAAUAGUGCUAGAUUGUGGAAAUAGUGAAAGCGGGGAAAUGGUAUCAGUAUCCUACAGUAAGAAAGUUUUUAGAUAAAUACCUGGCUACAUGUCCCAGCAGAAACCUCGGUGGCAUAGUGAUUAAGACCUACGGCUGCUAACCAAAAGGUUGGCAGCUCAAAUGUACUAGGCGCUCCUUGGAAACCCUGUGGGGCAGUUCUGCUGUGUCCUAUAAGGUCGCUGUGAGUGGGAAUCAACUUGAUGGCAAUGCUCUGUUUUGUUUUUUACAUGUCCUGGUAUUGUACUGCCACUAAAUGAAUUUUUCAGGAAAAUUUACUCCACAGAAGAGGCAACCAUAGCUUAAUGAUUGAUAGGCAGGGUAUAAAAUAAUGUGUACAUAGGGUGGCAGAUUUAUUUAAAAUUAACAUGUACAGACAAAUCAGCCUGUAAAGAUCUGCCCCAAAGGUGAGAUUAAGUGAUUACUCUUUUUGUUUCUCCCUACCUUAAAAGUUUUCUGCAGCCAUUGUUCUUUACUUUUACAAUUUUUUAAAUUUAAAAAUAUUAAUUUGCUUUUGAAUUGUACAGUGGUAUGAGUUUUGACAAAUAUAGUAAGUUAUAUAACCAGUACCACAGUGAAAAUACCUAACAGCUCUUUCCUCCGAAAAAUUCCCUAACACUGCCACUUUUUUUGUCAUGAAUCCCUGGCAUCUGUCUCUGUACGUGUCAUGCUAUCUGUAGGUUCUAGAUUCUGGAUCUUGUCAAUUAGUAUAAUGAAUUUGAGAGUCACUCAUGAUGAUGGAUGUAUCUGCAGUUUGUUCCUUUUUACUGCUCUGUACUAUGUCAUUGUAUAUACAUACCGCACUUUGCAUAUUUAUCAGGCCGAGAAUAUUUGAGUUUCCUGUUUUUUGCCUUUUUAAAUAAAACUAGUAUGAACAUUCAUGCACAGGGUUUUAUGUGAACAUAAGCCUCCAUUUUUUCUCAUGUAUAUCCCUGUGAGUGGGAUUGCUGUGUCAUGGUAGGUGUAUGAUUGCCCUUAUAAGAAACUUCCAAUCUGUUUCUCAAAGGGGCUGUGCCAUUUUAUAUUCCACCAAAACAAAAAAACCAAACCAGUUGCUGUUAAGUCAAUUCCAACUCAUAGUGACCCUAUAGGACAGAGUAGAACUGCCUCAUAGAGUUUCCAAGCAGUACCUGGCAGAUUUCAACUGCCAACCUUUUGGUUAGCAGAUGUAGCUUUUAACCACUACACCACCAGGGUUUCCUGUAUUCCACCAGGAGUGUCUAAUUCCAGUUGCUACUGGCAUCUGUAGAGACUGUCUUUGAGAGCAACAUAGCAUACUUCUCUUUGCCUCUGGCUUUAGUGGGGAGAUAUGGGUUGGCAGCUAACCUGGCAGGUGAAGACAGCAUGUGGGAUGUAGCACCUGAAUUAGUCCACAGGCCCAAUUGUAUGGAGCUCAGGCUGUGCCACUACUGCCCAAAUUGAAAGGUGGAGAAACCUUGCAGUGUCAAAAUGCCGGGCCUGCAGGAAUCCUGCACUGAACAGCCCACACAGAGCUAGUGUGGGACUCACUGCCCUCUCCAGGAGCCUGGCAAGUGAUCACACUGGAACCGGAAAUGAAAGCUCCUUCUUCCUGCAGUGUCCUUCACUGUUCUGCAUACACUGAUACCUGGCAAAGGAGGAAUGUAAGGCCCUGUUCCAUUAUCACACAACAGGCAAAAAUGGGAUAUCUGCAGCAGAAGCUAUAAAGCAAUAACAAACAGUGGUCAAAGUGUGAAUAUUUACUUUAUUGGUUUUCUGUUGCUGAUAAACCAACACCUAGUAAUGCCUAGUAAGCUCUUGGUGGCCAACUUGCUCCCCCUCAGUGUAGGAGCUUAAAGUGUCUGCCUUGUGCCUCUGUGCCUCUCAUGCCAACUCUAAAUAUCUUCUCUGACAUCAAACAACUGCAGAUGUAACUGUUUUGACUCUAACCAACCGGAGCAAGAUCUGAUCUAACAAAUGAAUGGACACAGCUUUAGAAUGCCAAGUGUGCCCAAGAUUGCAGACACCAACCAAAAAUUUGGGGGCUCUUGGAAUCACCCAGACUUCUGACUAACCAGUUAAAAUUGCCCCAACCAACCAACCCUCCACCACCACCCCCCCUCCCGCCAGGUUCAAUAAUUUGCUAGAACAAAGCAGAACUAAGGAAGUACUCUACUUAUAGUUUUAAUAUAGCAAAAAGGAUACAAAUCAGGACCAGCAUAAAGCAGAGCCACACAUGGUGAGGUUUGGCAGGAUCAAAUGCUGAGUUCCCAUGUUCUAAGCAUGCCUUAUUCCUUUCCUGCCUCCUGUGCAUAUAUGUCUGUCACCAACCAGAAGUUCACCAGAACUUCACUGUCCAGAGUUUUUAUUGGGGUUACAUUAUGUAGGCAUGAUUGAAUCAUUGGUCAUAUGUUUUAACUCCAGCCCAGUCCCCUUUCUGAAGUUACGGUAGAGAUAGUGCUGAUAUCACGUGGUAGGUCUUUUGAGCCUCACACCCUGAAUCACCUCUUUGGACUAUGCUCUGUGGUGUGCUCUGGCAUCCUCUAAACAUCAGGGACAUUUCAAUCAUUCAGGAAAUCCUGGGUAUAAAGUAAUUUUUCACUACACAGGAUUGCUUUUCUCUUAAGGUGAAAAAUAUUGCUUACGACAUAUCAGUAAAAACCAGUUGCUACAAAAGAACAUCAUGUAUGGUAGUGGGUCAGAGAAAACAAGGGAAACCCUGAAUGAUAUGUAGUAAUGCAGUAACCACCGAAAUGGAUUCAAACAACAAUUAUGAAUAUGUUGCAGAGCUGCAAUAUUUUGUUAUAAAAAAGGUCACCAUGAGUCAGAGUUUACUUGAUGUCAACUAACGACAACAUGUGUCGUUAUCAGGCAGUGUUUUACAUGAAUUAAUUCAGUUACCAUUAACACCGUUAACCCCCAGCAAUCUCUAUAAGGGUGAUAACUUCUUACAGGAUUUUAUUUUAAAAUAAAAGGAAUGCUCAAGUUUAUCAUGGAUAAGCUCAGUGUAUUGCAAAGUAGUCAUGGGAAGGCACACAGAUAGGACCAUAAGACGUUCAUUUAGGAUCAGAGAAUGAGGAUAAAGUCCAAAAAAAAAAAGGUAUGUGUAUAUACAUACAUAUAUGUAGAUACUUAAGUGAUAUUCUGCACUCAAACUUACAAGUGUCCUUAUUGUAAAACCUGAUAAAGUACACAUUUGUUUCUUUAGAAUCUAGAUGACAUGGAGUGCCUUGUUAUUAAAAAAAAAAAAAGGGUGCUGUUUUAAGGUGAUACAGUCUCAAAAAAGAAAAAAGUCCAAUCUUUGAAGUCCACAUCCUUAGAUUUGAGGCAUUUACCUUUAAUGAGUGGUCUUGUGAGGGAGGCUUGACCACAGCUCAUGCUCAGCAGAGGUCCCUUGUAACUGGGGUCCAAGGUCAGCAGCUACAGGCAUAGUCUCAGUCUUUGUUUCUGAUUUGGUCUCAAGUCAGCUGAGUAAGAAAUUACACGUGUUCUGCCUCUGUCUUUUCUUUUCUCGUGUAGUGUCACGUCUGGAGUUUAUAUAAGUUUUUCUUAUUUGGAGUCACACAAUAAGGACCAGGUGAUGUAACCUUCAACGGAAUAGUCUGUUGCGUCUUCAAGUUCAUAUGUUAGGGAGGUUAUUUACGAUUUAGCUAUAUAGUAUGUUAUAUUUUCUUUUAUCACAGCAUACUGGUGCAAGGCCAUCUUAGGCUGUUCCCAACAUUUAUUUCUUGUUGUUAGGUGCCAUCAAGUCGGUUCCGACUCAUAGCGACCCUGUGCACAACAGAACGAAACACUGCCUGGUCCUGAGCCAUCGUUACAAUCGUUGUCAUGCUUGAGCUCAUUGUUGCAGCCACUGUGUCAGUCCACCUUGUUGAGGGUCUCCCUCUUGUCCGCUGACCCUGUACUCUGCCAAGCAUGAUGUCCUUCUCCAGGGACUGAUCCCUCCUGACAACCUGUCCAAAGUAUGUAAGACGCAGUCUCGCCAUCGUUGUUUCUAAGGAGAAUUCCUGUUGUACUUCUUCUAAGACAGAUUUCAUUCUUUUGGCAGUCCAUGGUAUAUUCAAUAUUCUUCGCCAACACCACAAUUCACAGGCGUCAGUUCUUCUUUGGUCUUCCUUAUUCACUGUCCAGCUUUCACAUGCAUAUGAUGCAACUGAAAAUACCAUGGCUUGGGUCAGGCCCACCUUCAUCUUCAAGGUGACAUCUUUGCUUUUCAACACUUUAGAGAGGUCCUCUGCAGCAGAUGUACCCAGUGCAAUGAGUCUUUUGAUUUCUUGACUGCUGCUUCCAUGGCUGUUGAUUGUGGAUCCAAGUAAAAUGAAAUCCUUGACAACUUCAAUCGUUUCUCUUUUUAUCAUGAUAUUGCUCAUUGGUCCAGUCAUGGGGAUUUUUGUUUUCUUCAUGUUGAGGUGCAAUCCAUACUGAAGGCUGUAGUCUUUGAUCUUCAUUAGUAAGUGCUUCAAGUCCUCUUCACUUUCAGCAAGCAAGGUUGUGUCAUCUGUGUAACGCAGCUUGUUAAUGAGUCUUCCUCCAGUCCUGAUGCCCUGUUCUUCAUACAGUCCAGCUUCUCGUAUUAUUUUCUCAGCAUACAAGUUGAAUAGGUAUCGUGAAAGAAUAUAAUCCUGAUGCACAUCUUUCCUGACUUGAAAUGAAUCAGUAUCCCUUGUUCUGUCCGAACAGCUGCCUCUUGAUCUAUGUAAAGGUUCCUCAUGAGCAGAAUUAAGUGUUCUGGAAUUCCCACUCUUUGCAGUGGUAUCCAUAAUUUGCUAUGAUCCACACAGUCAAAUGUCUUUGCAUAGUCCAUAAAACACAGAAGGUAAACAUCCUUCUAGUAUUCUCUGCUUUCAGCCAGGAUCCAUCUGACAUCAACAAUGAUAUCCCUGGUUCCACAUCCUCUUGUGAAACCGGCCUGAAUUUCUGGCAGUUCCUUGUCGAUAUACUGCUGCAGCUGCUUUUGAAUGAUCUUCAGCAAAAUUUUGCUUGCGUGUGAUAUUAAUGAUAUUGUUCUAUAAUUUCCACGUUUGGUUGGAUCGCCUUUCUUGGGAAUAGGCAUAAAUAUGGUCUUCCAGUCAGUUGGCCAGGAAACUGUCUCCCAUAUUUCUUGGCAUAGACAAGUGAGCACCCCCAGCACUGCAUCUGUUUGUUGAAACAUCUCAAUUGACAUUCCGUCAAUUCCUGGAGCCUUGUUUUUCGCCAAUGCCUUCAGAGCAGCUUGGACUUCUUCCUUCAGUACCAUCGGUUCCUGAUCAUAUGCCACCUCUUGAAAUGGUUGAACAUCAAGUAAUGCUUUUUGGUAUAAUGACUCUGUGUAUUCCUUCCAUCUUCUUUUGAUGCUUCCUGCAUCGUUUAAUAUUUUCCCCAUAGAAUCCUUCGCUAUCGCAACUCGAGGCUUAAAUUUUUUCUUCAGUUCUCUCAGCUUGAGAAAUGCCGAGCAUGUUCUUCCCUUUUGGUUUUCCAUCUCCAGCUCUUUGCACGUGUCAUUAUAAUACUUUACUUUGUCUUCUUAAGACGCCCUUUGAAAUCUUCUGUUCAAUUCUUUUACUUCAUCAAUUCUUCCUUUUGCUUUAGCUGCUCGACGUUCAAGAGCACGUUUCAGAGUCUCUGACAUCCAUCUUGGUCUUUUCUUUCUUUCCUGUCUUUUCAAUGACCUCUUGCUUUCUUCAUGUAUGAUGUCCUUGAUGUCAUUCCACAGCUCGUCUGGUCUUUGGUCACUAGUGUUCAAUGCACCAAAGCUAUUCUUCAGAUGGUCUCUAAAUUCAGGUGGGAUGUGCUCAAGGUCAUGUUUUGGCUCUCGUGGACUUGCUCUGCUUUUCUUCAGUUUCAGCUUGAACUUGCAUAUGAGUGAUUGAUGGUCUGUUCCACAGUUGGCCCCUGGCCUUGUUCUGACGGAUGAUAUGGAGCUUUUCCAUUGUCUCUUCCCACAGAUGUAGUCAAUUUGAUUUCUGUGUUUUCCAUCUGGUGAGGUCCACGUGUAUAGCCGCCGUUUAUGUUGGUGAAAGAAGGUAUUCACAAUGAAGAAGUCGUUGGUCUUGCAAAAUUCUAUCAUUCAAUAUCCAUCAUUGUUUCUAUCACCAAGGCCCCACGUGUCUGUCAGUUUGUCAUACUGUGGGGGCUUGCGUGUUGCUCUGAUGCUGGAAGCUAUGCCACCAGUAUUCAGAUACCAGCAGGGUCACCCAUGCAGGACAGAUUUCAGCUGAACUUCCAGAUUGAGACAGACUAGGAAGAAGGACCCGGCAGUCUACUUCUGAAAAGCAUUAUCCAGUGAAAACCUUAUGAAUAGCAGCGGAAUACUGUCUGAUAUAGUGCCGGAAGAUGAGCCCCCGAGGGUUGGAAGGCACUCAAAAGAUGACUGGGGAAGAGCUGCCUCCUUAAAGUAGAGUUGACCUUAACAACGUGGAUGGAGUAAAGCUUUCGGGACCUUCAUUUGCUGAUGUGGCACAACUCAAAAUGAGAAGAAACAGCUGCAAACAUCAAUUAAUAAUCGGAACCUGGAAAGUACGAAGUAUGAAUCUAGGAAAAUUGGAAAUCGUCAAAAAUUAAAUGGAACGCAUAAACAUCGGUAUCCUAGGCAUUAGUGAGCUGAAAUGGACUGGUAUUGGCCAUUUUGAAUUGGACAAUCAUAUAGUCUGCUAUGCUGAGAAUGACAACUUGAAGAGGAAUGGUGUUGCAUUCAUCGUGAAAAAGAACAUUUCAAGAUCUAUCCUGAAGUACAACGCUGUCAGUGAUAGGAUAACAUCCAUACAUCUACAAGGAAAACCAGUUAAUAAGAUUAUUAUUCAAAUUUAUGCAGCAACCACCAAAGAUGAAGAAAUAGAAGAUUUUUAUCAGCUGCUGCCAUCUGAAAUUGAUAGAACAUGCAAUCAAGAUGCAUUGAUAAUCUAUUUCUUAGUCUAUCCAAAUGUACUGUCUUAGUUACCUAGUGCUGCUAUAACAGAAACACCACAAGUGGAUGGUUUUAACAAAGAGAAAUUCAUUUCCUCACAGUAAAGUAGGCUAAAAAUCCAAAUUCAAGGUGUCAGCUCGAGGGAAUGGAGUUCUCUCUGUCAGCCUUCUCAUCAAUGUUCCCCUGGACUAGGAGCUCCUUCAUUCUGGGACCCUGGGUCCAAAAGAACACACUCUGCUCCCGGCACAGCUUUCUUAGUGGUAUGAAGUCCCCAACUUUCUGCUUGCUUCUCUUUUAUCUCAUAAGAGAUAAAAGGUGGUGCAGGCCACACCCCAGGGAAACUCCCUUGACCUUGAGUCAGGGAGGUGACCUAAGUAAGGGUGGUGUUACAAUCCCACCCUAAUCCUCUUAACAUAAAAUUAUAAUCACAAAAUGGAGGACAACCACACAAUACUGGGAUUCAUGGCCUAAUCACGUUGAUACACACAUUUUUGGGGGGACGUAAUUCAAUCCAUGACAUACACAUUGAGUGACUUAUGCGGUUUGAGAGCAUUAGAGAAGUAUACGUAAUACUUCUGUUGUCUCAUUUUAUAAGGAAAUUAAGUCUGAGAGGUUUCCAAAGUGAGUGACAACUAGAUCAAGAUUCAAACCAAGACCUAGAGUGAACCAAGCUUUCUUAGUGCUAAUUUUUGAACAUCCCCACCCCCGCCCCAAGUGUCUGGAGCUCUAGUCCCUCGGUGUAAAAGUGCCAGAAGUCAAGUCCUUGCCCUCAUGACUAGAGAUGGUGAACAAAUAUGACAAAUUAGUGGUGCAAAUAGCUAAACUCUGGACUACAAAAGACUGGCAGUUCAGAUCCACUCACAGGUGCCUCAGAAGUAAGGCCUGGCGAUCUGCUUCUGAAAGUUCACAGCCUCGAAAACCCUAUGGAGCGCAGUUCUACUCAGAACUACUGGAAAAUGGGUGUGGCCCGUACUGAUUUCCAUCAGUGGCUUGAUCAGGCUUUCUCAAUUUAUUAUCAUGGAUCAGGGCAGAUCAAAAUCCCCCUCUGGCCCUAGGCACUUUGCCUUGGCUCUCUUGCCAACAAUCCGAACUCCAGGAAAAGGUGGCAGGAUGGCAAGGACAAUGUCUUAGUUUCCUCAUGCUGCUGUAACUGAAAUACCGGAAGUGGGUGGUUUCAAAAAACUGAAAUUUAUUUUCUCAGAGUUUAGGAGGCUAGAAGUCCCAAUUCAGGGCACCAGCCUUAGGGGAAGGCUCCCUGUCCGCUCUGCAGGAAAAUCCUUCUCUCAGCUUCUCCAGGCCCGGCAUUCCUCACUUCUUUGGAGAUCUCCUUGUGGCAUCUUAUCAUUCCCCCAUUUGUGCUAGCUUGCCUCUGUGCUUAAUCUGCCCCUUUUAUAUCUCAAAAGUGAUUAGAAAUAAGACACUCUACACUGGUAUUGCAUCAUUAACAUAACAGUGAAAACCCUAUUUCCAAAUAGGAUUAGAUCCACAGGUAUAGGGGUUAGGAAUCCUGUGCAUAUUUUGGGGGGACACAUUUCAGUCCAUAAUACACAGACUAUUACUCAAACCUUAGCAGCAGCUACUUCGUUUUGGGACAUUAAAUAUGUGUUUGGUAUCUGUCAUACAACAGGGCAAUUUUGGAAAAAAUGGGGGAUUCUUGACUUCACUGGGAACUAGAAUAUCUCCUGGAAUAUUGAUAGCUGCUUUGCCAGAGGCUACGAGUGCCUGCUCAGACAUCAGGAAUUCCUUGUAGAGCUCACACAAGGCAGAAUGACAGAUCUUCUAAAGACAACGCUAUUGCUGACAGAGCUGCAAAGGCCACUGUCAAGUCAUGUCAGACUGCAAACUUAGAAGCCUACUUUCAGUACAACAGGAAAGUUUUGUUCAUUCCCAAACAUGUUCUUCUCGAAAGGAAAUGGACAAUUGGAGUUUUUUUUUUUUUCUCUCAUUCAUUCAACAAAUACAUACAUAUAUAUAACCCCAAAAACCCAAACUUCUUGCCCUUGAGUCGAUUUAGACUCAUAGCAACCCUAUAGGACAGAGUAGAACUGCCCGAUAGGGUUUCCAAGGAGCACCUGGUGGAUUUGAACUGCUGACCUUUUGGUUAACAACCAUAUAUAUAACCAUAUACAUUUCCUUUAAGUCCAGAACCAAGAAUUGAAACUGUAGUAACUGCUGGUAAUUUGUCUACUGCAGCAGACACAAUUCCAGACAAAACAAGCUUCCAAAAUUUCAUGUCACACAGCGUAGGAAGCCUUAAGUGGCCACUUUUAUCCUGAAUACAUGACCCGUCAAUAAAUGUUAAAUCUGCAGUAUGAACAGGAAUAGAACCUUUCAUCUGCAAAAUAGGCUGACUCUGUCAUGGAUUGAAUUGUAUCCCCCCAAAAUAUGUACAUCAAUUUGGCUAGGCCAUGAUUCCCAGCUUUGUGUGAUUGUCCACCAUUUUGUCAUCUGAUGUGAUUUUCCUGUGAGUUGUAAAUCCUACCUCUAUGAUGUUAAUGAGGUGCGAUAGGCGGCAGUUAUGUUAAUGAGGCAAGCCUCAAUCUACAAGAUUGGAUUGUGUCUUGAGCCAAUCUCUUUUGAGAUAUAAAAGAAGCGAGCAGAAAGACAGGGGGACCUCAUACCGUUAAGAAAGCAGUGCCCGGAGCAGAGCGAGUCCUUUCGACUGGAGGUUCCCGUGCUGAGAAAUUCCCAGACCAAGGGAAGAUUGAUGACAAGAACCUUCCUCCAGAGCUGACAGAGAAAGACUUCCCCUGGAGCUGAUGUCUUGAAUUUGGACUUCUAGCCUACAGACUGAAAAAAUAAAUUUCUCUUUGUUAAAGCCAUCCACUUGUGGUAUUUCUGUUACAGCAGCACUCAAUGACCAAGUCAGACUCCUAGAAUAAUAUUCUGUAACCUUCAGUUAACAGAUGCCCUCAAUAUUUUACCUCAGUUUGACAAUUGCAAUUUGAUUAUGAUUCUGCUUUAUGACCCUGUGAAGCAAGGAAUUGUAAUAAAGCCAAAGCAUAAAUUUUACAUUCACCUUUAGUUUGGGAGGCUACCAGCAAUCAUUUACAUGUUUAAUAAUUAGACAUCACUCUACUGAGACAGUUUCCUCUAGGUUUUCCUCUAAAUGACCAGAGAAAAUAGUACCAAAAAAACCAACCCCAUUGUCGUUCAGUCGAUUCCACCUCAUAGUGACCCUAUAGGACAGAGGAGAAUUACCCUCAUAGGGUUUCCAAGGCUGUAAACCCUUAUGGAAGCAGAGUGCCACAUCUUUAUCCUGUGGAGCGGCUGAUGUGUUCAAAUUGCCAAGCUUUGGGUUAGCAGCUGAGCGCUUAACCAUUGUGCAACCAGGACUCAAAAUCCUUGAGGAAUCCUUUAGCACAAAUAGUGGACUCAAUCAAAAACAAACAAGAUUUUAGACGCAUGUGCUGUUGUUGUUGUUAGGUGCCAUCGAGUUGGUUCUGACUCAGUGAUCCUAUUUACCAUGGAACGAAACACCGCUGGUCCUGCACCAUGCUCACAAUUGUUACGCUUGAGCCCAUUGUUGCAGCCACUGUGUGAAUCCAUCUCGUUGAGGGUCUUCUUCUUUUUCGCUGACCCUCUACUUUACCAAGCAUGAUGUCCUCCUUCUCCAGGGACUGAUCCCUCCUGACAACAUGUCAAAAGUAUGUAAGACACAGUCUCGCCUCUAAUAAUUAUUUUUCCUAUAGCUCCUCCAUAACCCUCUUCUGUCUUCUGGGCCAGGGUUGUUGAAUCUAUGUUGCAGGUUUUGCUAGUAUGUAUGAAUGACCUGAUUAGAGUUAGGACACCGCCUUUGUACCCAAAAAACUAGGGUCCCCCAUAUUACUGUUAGGUGGGUGCUAGAACCAUCUAGACGUGAUUUAAGUCUGAGUAUGCCGUAAGGUCUACCAUACAAUUCAUCUCAGCGUGAGGCAGUUUCCUAGUGGAAUUUGGAUCCGCCAUGAGAUGCCUCCACCACGUGUCUGUCAGUUUGUCGUACUGUGGUAGCUUGCAUGUUGCUGUGAUACUGGAAGCUUUGCCACCGGUAUUUCAAAUAUCAGCAGCUCACCC